UUCUCUCCAAAACCAUCCUUUCUAUUGUUCUCUUUUCCCUUCUCCUCCACAACAUGACUAGUACAAGUGAUUGGCUACACUUUCACCAAUCUACCACCACCGUGGCGGGCCAAGCUGCCAUACCUUACACCGCCUCCUCGGCCUCCAACUUCUUUUUCUCGGGCCAGGACUUAGAGCCCAUAGAACCAACCAUGAGCACCAACAUAACCUCACCGCCGACCGGCCAGGAUCCACUAGGCCCUUCAUCAGGUCGGGUCAAUAAGCCCGCUCGUAAGAGGACCCGUGCCUCACGUCGAACCCCGACUACGUUCCUCAACACCGAUACCUUCAACUUCCGGGCCAUGGUCCAGCAGUUCACGGGUGGGCCAAGUAACAACUUCAACAUUCCCCGGCCAGAUUAUGGGCUUCGGCCUCCAAUGGGCCAAACACAACACCAAAUUCUAGGCCCAUUACAAUACUCCAACGACAAUAACAAUAUGUUCAUGCAGAGUGAAGGAAGAAAUGAUAAUGUGAAUAUGAGAUUAAACGGGCCGGGCAUCGGGUCACCAUCUAAUGAGAACAGAAGCAGCCACAGUAAUUUCCUUUUUCAACUGUAGAUUAAUCAUAUGAUUACCACUAAGUCAAUUAGUCCUUUUACUCAAGUGUAGAGGAAGAAAGCAAAAAAGAGGUUGGUAAAAUUUGGUAUAGUUUGGUAAGCUGACUUUUUAGAAUAUUUCCAAGUAUCUACAAACUAGAAAUAAUAUUGACUUUUAUUUUAUUUUGUUUUUUCUUGAAAAGGGUAAAAUAAAUAUGUAAAAGUAUAUUGUUAAUAUUAGAAGUGUUAUUUAUAAGAACUCUUUUAUAUAUUUA